AUGGCAACUACAACAUCCACAAGUACAACCGCCGAGCCAAUUACCUCGAACGGGGUCACGCAAAAUGGCUCGGCCAAACAACAGAAUUCGAACGUACUGGCAGCAUUGCAAAAAGCAAUCGAUGCAAUGGAAGCGAAAGGUUUAAAAGACGAUCCUCGGUACGCCCAGCUACUAGCCCUACGCGCUAGAACGAUGACUUUGAGCGAAGAAAACGGUUCCAUUUCGAGCCUCCAAAUGAAGCAACUGCGAAGUCAAAUAAUGGCUUAUAGAUACUUGGCGAGAAACCAGCCUUUACCCGCUUCGGUUGUACUUGGUUUACUUGGUAAAAAAUCCGAUAAACUACCUAUUAAAGGUUCCAUCGAGAACGGAAGAAUUUCAAACGAAAUCGCCUCUACUGGCCUCAAAUCACACGACACUUCCAACAAAGAACUCUGCCUUCUAAACAACAAACCAUCCGGAGUCGACCCCGUAGUGCUCCUCCAAGAAAGAGAGUACCGCGUCGCCGCCAGAAUAGCAGCCAGAAUCGAGCAAGUCAGCAAUCUACCCACAAACAUGUCCGAGAAGCUCCGUCUACAAGCCCAAAUCGAACUGCGAGCGCUGAGAUGCCUCAACCUUCAAAGGCAACUGCGCAACGAAGUCCUGAGCUGCAUCCGCAAGGACACCACGUUGGAAACGGCCGUCAACGUGAAAGCCUUCAAGCGCACGAAGCGCCACAGCCUGCGCGAGGCCAGGGCCACGGAGAAGCUGGAGAAACAACAGAAACUCGAAGCGGAACGCAAGAAACGCCAGAAGAACCAGGAGUUUUUGAACAACGUCCUCGCCCAGGCCAAGGAAUUCAAAGAGUUCCACCGGCAGAACCAAACCAAGCUGGCCAAAAUCAACAAGGCUAUCAUUACUUACCACGCCAACGCCGAGAGGGAGCAGAAGAAGGAACAAGAACGAAGAGAAAAGGAGCGUAUGAAGAAGCUUAUGGCGGAAGAUGAAGAAGGUUAUAGGAAACUAAUCGACCAGAAGAAAGACAAACGUUUAGCGUUCUUGCUCUCGCAAACCGACGAAUACAUCAGUAAUCUAACGGAGAUGGUUAAACAGCACAAAGUGGAGCAAACGAUUAAAAAGCGGGACGAGGAAAAGCGCAAGAGGCGCCAAGAGAAGCUGCAAAACCCCGAUAGAAGAGUCACCGUCAUGGAAAUGGCUACCGGUAAUAAAAUAUUCGGAGAUAAUGCCCCAACGGUUAAAGAACUGGGGGAGUGGCUGCAGAACCAUCCGGGUUGGGAAUUGAUCGAUUCGGACGAAGAAGACGAACGCGAGGAUGAGAAAGAAGAGGAAUAUUACGACGAUAUCAAAGAAUUCGAUGCGAGAGAAGUGAUUAAGAAAGCUAAAGUUGAAGAUGAUGAGUACAAUAAGAACACAUCGGAACAAACUUACUACAGUAUCGCUCACACCGUUAGCGAAACUGUAACCAAGCAAGCUUCGAUUAUGGUGAACGGUCAAUUGAAGGAGUACCAAGUGAAAGGUUUGGAAUGGAUGGUUUCGUUGUACAACAACAAUCUCAAUGGAAUCCUAGCAGAUGAGAUGGGUUUGGGUAAAACCAUUCAAACGAUCGGAUUGAUAACUUAUCUGAUGGAGGAGAAGAAAGUGAACGGACCUUUCCUGAUCAUUGUUCCAUUAUCAACUAUAUCGAAUUGGAUGCUGGAAUUCGAAAAAUGGGCGCCUACUGUAAUCGUUGUAUCAUACAAAGGCUCUCCAGCCACCAGAAGGGUGAUUCAAAAUCGAAUGAAAAAUACAAAGUUCAACGUCUUACUAACAACAUACGAGUACAUUAUUAAAGACAAAGGUGUCCUUUCGAAGGUACCUUUCAAGUACAUGAUAGUCGAUGAGGGUCAUCGCAUGAAAAACCAUCACUGUAAAUUAACCCAAACGUUAAACACUCAUUAUAUGGCCCCGUACCGGUUACUUCUAACCGGUACCCCGUUACAAAAUAAACUUCCGGAACUCUGGGCUCUACUCAACUUUCUACUACCUUCGAUAUUCAAGAGUUGUUCUACAUUCGAACAGUGGUUCAACGCCCCGUUCGCUACCACAGGAGAAAAGGUGGAAUUGAACGAAGAAGAAACCAUCCUGAUCAUUCGACGUCUGCACAAGGUGUUGCGUCCUUUUCUUCUGAGGCGGUUGAAGAAAGAGGUCGAAUCUCAGUUGCCAGAUAAAGUGGAAUAUAUAAUUAAAUGUGACAUGUCCGGUUUGCAAAAAGUGCUCUACCAACACAUGCAAAGCAAAGGCGUGUUGCUAACCGAUGGUUCGGAAAAAGGGGGUAGAGGCGGUCGAGGCGGCGCCAAAGCCAUCAUGAACACCAUCAUGCAACUCAGGAAGCUCUGCAAUCAUCCCUUCAUGUUCCAGAACAUCGAGGAAAAGUAUUGCGAUUUCGUAGGAGUAGCCGGUGGAAUACUAUCCGGACCGGACAUAUACAGAGCCUCCGGAAAAUUCGAAUUACUGGACAGGGUGCUGCCGAAGUUCAAGAUCACCAAUCACAGGGUGUUGCUCUUCUGCCAAAUGACCACGCUCAUGAACAUCAUGGAGGAUUACUUCAUGUGGAGGGGCUACAAAUACCUGCGGCUCGACGGCAUGGUCAAAUCCGAAGACAGGGCCGAGCUGCUCAAGAAAUUCAACAACAAAGACAGCGAGUAUUUCAUAUUUUUGCUAUCGACAAGAGCCGGCGGGUUGGGAUUGAAUCUCCAAAGUGCAGAUACUGUUAUUAUCUUCGAUUCCGAUUGGAAUCCACAUCAGGAUCUUCAAGCUCAAGAUAGAGCUCACCGAAUCGGCCAACAAAACGAAGUAAGAGUCCUGCGUUUGAUGACAGUAAACUCCGUAGAAGAACGAAUAUUAGCGGCAGCUAAAUACAAACUUAUAAUGGACGAAAAAGUCAUCCAAGCCGGUAUGUUCGAUCAGAAAUCCACCGGCUCGGAGCGACACCAGUUCCUCCAGAGUAUCCUGCAUCACGACGGCAGCGAUGAAGAAGAGGAAAACGAGGUGCCCGACGACGAGACUGUCAACCAGAUGCUGGCCAGAAACGAGGAGGAAUUCCAGUUGUUCCAGAAGAUGGACGCCGAGAGAAAGGACGCUGAAGAUAAGAAACCUCGCCUGUUGCAAGAGGACGAGCUGCCCGAAUGGUUGCUGAAGCAAGACGACGAAAUAGAUACUUGGAAUUUCGAAGAUCCCGAAUCGGUGUUGACGAAAAGGCAACGCAAAGAGGUGGAUUAUGCUGAUAGUUUGACGGAAAAGGAAUGGUUAAAGGCUAUCGAUGAAGAUGGCGAUUACGACGACGAAGAGGAGGAAGAAAAGGAAGUGGUGAAGAAGAAGCGCGGAAGGAAGAGGAAGAAACGCGACGAUUCGGACGAAGAAGCGGGAUCGUCCAAGAGGAAGAAAUUAAUCCCGAAUCCGAGCCAAACCGAGUUGAAAAUUAAGAGGAAAAUGAAGAAACUAAUGGACGUUGUAAUCAAUUACAAAGACAGAGAUGACAAACAACUCAGCGAUCCCUUCAUGAAGCUCCCGUCGAAGAAAGAAUUGCCGGAGUAUUACGUUUUGAUCCGAAGACCCAUCGACAUAUCCAAAAUAUUGACUCAUAUCGAAGAAGGCAAGUACUUCAGCUUCAACGAUCUGGAACGGGAUUUCACGCUGCUGUGCCAGAACGCGCAGGAAUACAACGAGGAAGCUUCGGCUAUCUACGAAGACAGCAUCGUUCUUCAUCAGGUGUUCACGAGCGCUCGGGAGAAGAUCGAAACUUCGCCUGAUUCGGAUACCGAGAAGGAGGAGGACAAAACAAAGAAGGUUAAACGACAACGGGGGCGGCCCAGGAAGAUUAGGAAGCCCGAAGAGGAGGAAAACAAGCAAUAA